GCCCAGUGUCAGCAGAGCCUGGCCCAGGCCAUGACGGAGGUGGAGGCCGUGCUCGGGCUGCUCGAGGCCGCGGGCGCGCUGAGUCCCGGCGAGCGGCGGCAGCUGGACGAGGAGGCGGGAGGCGCCAAGGCGGAGCUGCUGCUGAAGCUGCUCCUGGCCAAGGAGCGGGACCACUUCCAGGACCUGCGCGCCGCGCUGGAGAAGACGCAGCCUCACCUGCUACCCAUUCUCUACCUGAACGGCGUCGUCGGGCCGCCGCAGCCCGCCGAGGGCGCCGGCUCCUGCUUGUCCAUCAUGCCAUCAGACUCAGGAAGCAGCAGCUCCCUCAGCAGUGUGGGAAAGGUGCCUUCCCCACCUCUCCUUACGGACCAGCAAGUGAACCAGAAGUUGGAGAAUCUCUCCAUUCAGCUGCGGCUGAUGACCCGGGAGAGGAACGAGCUGCGGAAGCGCCUGGCCUUCGCGAGUCACAGUGGGACCUUUGACAAGAGGCCCUACCACAGGCUGAACCCUGACUACGAGAGGCUGAAGAUCCAGUGUGUGCGGGCCAUGUCGGACCUGCAGAGCCUGCAGACCCAGCACGCCAGCGCCUUGAAGAGAUGCGAGGAGGUGGCCAAGGAGACCGACUUCUACCACACCCUCCACAGCCGGCUCCUGAGCGACCAGACGCAACUGAAGGACGAUGUGGACGUGCUGAGGCGGGAGAAUGGACAGCUGCUGCGGGAGCGAAACCUGCUGCAGCAGUCGUGGGAGGACAUGAAGCGGCUCCGUGAGGAGGACCAGAAGGAGAUUGGAGACCUCCGGGCUCAGCAGCAGCAGGUGCUGAAGCACAACGGUUCCUCAGAGAUUCUUAAUAAGCUGUACGACACGGCCCUGGACAAGCUGGAGGUGGUUAAGAAGGACUACGAUGCUCUGCGGAAAAGGUACAGUGAGAAGGUCGCCAUCCACAAUUCAGACCUGAGCCGCCUGGAGCAGCUGGAGGAAGAGAACCAGCGCCUGCUGAAGCAGACGGAGAUGCUGACCCAGCAGAGGGACACGGCCAUCCAGCUGCAGCACCAGUGCGCUGUCUCCCUGAGGAGGGUUGAGGCAAUCCACCAUGAGCUGAACAAGGCUACGGCCCAGAACAAGGACCUGCAGUGGGAGAUGGAGCUGCUGCAGUCGGAGCUGGCGGAGCUGAGGAGCUUGCAGGAGAAAACCACCAAAGAGUCGGAGAAGUACAAGGAGGAGCGGGACGCUGUGUACCGGGAGUACAAGCUCAUCAUGAGCGAGCGCGACCAGGUCAUCUCUGAGCUGGACAAACUGCAGACCGAGGUGGAGCUGGCCGAGUCGAAGCUCAAGAGCAGCACUUCCGAGAAGAAGGCAGCCAGCGAGGAGAUGGAAGCGCUGAGACAGAUCAAAGACACGGUGACAAUGGAUGCUGGGAGAGCCAACAAGGAGGCUGAAAUGCUUCGAAAGCAGUGCAAGACUCUGUGCCAGGAGCUGAAGGAAGCCCUCCAGGAGGCGGACGUGGCCAAGUGCCGGCGGGACUGGGCGUUCCAGGAACGGGAUAAAAUCGUAGCGGAACGGGACAGCAUCCGGACGCUGUGUGACAACCUGAGGCGUGAGCGCGACCGGGCUGUGAGCGAGCUGGCCGAGGCCCUGCGCAGCCUGGACGACACUCGGAAACAGAAGAACGACGUCGGCCGGGAGCUCAAGGAGCUCAAAGAGCAGAUGGAAUCCCACUUGGAAAAGGAGGCCCGCUUCCGGCAGCUGAUGGCCCACAGCUCCCACGACUCGGCCAUUGACACGGAUUCCAUGGAGUGGGAAACGGAGGUGGUCGAGUUUGAACGGGAGACGGAGGAUAUUGACUUGAAGGCACUUGGGUUUGAUAUGGCGGAAGGUGUGAACGAGCCUUGUUUGCCAGGGGACUGCGGCAUCUUUGUCACUAAAGUGGACAAGGGAAGCAUUGCGGAUGGCCGCUUACGGGUCAAUGACUGGCUGCUGAGAAUCAACGACGUGGACCUCAUCAACAAGGACAAGAAGCAGGCCCUCAGGGCCCUCCUCACCGGGGAGGGGGCCAUCAACAUGGUCGUGCGGAGGAGGAAGUCACUGGGCGGGAAGGUGGUCACGCCGCUGCACAUCAACCUGAGUGGACAGAAAGACAGCGGCAUCAGUCUGGAGAAUGGAGUAUACGCGGCCGCCGUGGUGCCCGGAAGUCCUGCCGCCAAAGAGGGCUCCCUCGCCGUGGGAGACAGGAUUGUCGCGAUUAACGGGAUAGCCCUGGACAACAAGUCGCUGAACGAGUGUGAAUCUCUGCUGCGAAGUUGCCAGGACUCCCUGACUCUCUCCCUCCUGAAGGUCUUCCCCCAGAGCUCCUCGUGGAGUGGGCAGAACAUCUUUGAAAAUAUCAAGGACUCUGAUAAGAUGUUGAGUUUCCGAGCCCAUGCUCCAGAAGUCCAGUCUCAGAGCAAGCGGCACUUGAUGCAACACAAUAACUCCACACAGACGGACAUCUUCUACGCGGACAGGCCGGAGGACAGGAAAGAGCCAGGCCCCCCAGGGGGCAGCAGCUCGUUCCUGCACAAACCAUUCCCGGGGGGGUCCUUCCAGGUCUCCCCACAGGCCUGUCCUAGUGCCUCAGAGCGCAGCCUAAGCUCCUUCCGCUCGGACACCUCGGGCGAGCGUGCCUACGGGCUGGUGGAGGUGCGCAGCCGACGGCCACUGCUGCCCUUUGAGACUGAGGCGGGACCCUGUGGGGCAGCAGAGGCCCCCCUGGAGAAGGCCGAGCCCGAGAGCUCCAACAGCGGAGGGACCUGGCCCAAGGCCGUGCUUAGCUCCACGGCGGGGCCCGAGAAGCUCUCUGUCUAUAAGAAGCCAAAGCAGAGAAAGUCUAUCUUUGACCCUAAUACUUUCAAACGUCCUCAGACACCCCCCAAAAUAGACUAUCUGCUCCCAGCGCAUGGACCUGCUCACUCCCCCCAGCCCUCCAAGAGGGUGGGGCCUCAGACCCCCCCAAAACCUCCCAGGAGGAGCGACUCCAUAAAGUUUCAGCACCGGCUGGAGACCAGCUCGGAGUCAGAGGCCACUCUGGUGGGCAGCUCCCCAUCCACCAGCCCCCCCAGUGCCCUGCCCCCUGACGUGAGCCCCGAGGAGCCCAUGCACGCCUCACCCCCUCGCAAGGCCAGGGUCCGCAUUGCUUCCAGCUACUACCCUGAAGGGGAUGGGGACUCCUCCUACCUGCCGGCCAAGAAAUCCUGUGAUGAGGACCUCACCUCCCAGAAGAUGGACGAGCUGGGCCAGAAGCGCCGCCGGCCCAAGUCUGCUCCCAGUUUCCGGCCCAAGCUCGCGCCAGUAGUGAUUCCGACUCAGUUCCUAGAGGAGCAGAAGUACGUCCCGGGCAGUGGAGAAUUCUCCCUGGAACUCCAGGAGUGGUCCCCGUACUCGCCAGGGCAUUCUGGCCGGCACAGCAACCCCCCACUCUACCCCAGCAGGGCAUCUGUGGGUACCGUUCCCCGGAAUAUGACCCCCAGCACCACCGUGAGCUCCAUUCUGAGGAACCCCAUCUACACCGUGCGUAGCCACAGGGUCGGCCCCUGCAACUCUCCACCCAUCCCCAGAGAGGGCGGCCCCCAGGGUUUGCACCCCAGCGUCCAGCACCAGGGACGUCGGAGCCUGGACCUGAGCAACAGGGCCUGCAGUGACUACUCCGAGAUGAGAGCCUCCCACGGGUCCAACUCAUUGCCCUCCAGCGCCCGCCUUGGGUCUUCGAGCAACUUGCAGUUCAAGACUGAGCGCAUUAAGAUCCCGUCGACGCCGAGAUACCCCCGGUCUGUCGUGGGCUCUGACAGAGGUUCGCUGUCGCAUUCUGAGUGCAGCACCCCUCCGCAGUCACCUUUGAACCUCGACACCCUGUCCUCUUGUAGCCAGCCUCAGACCUCAGCCUCUACCUUGCCCAGAAUUGCCGUCAACCCGGCGUCCCUUGGGGAGCGGCGAAAGGACAGACCCUACAUGGAGGAGCCGCGCCAUGUCAAGCUGCAGAAGGGCUCAGAGCCCCUGGGCAUCUCCAUCGUGAGUGGAGAGAAGGGCGGUGUCUAUGUCUCCAAGGUGACCGGGGGGAGCAUUGCUCACCAGGCCGGCCUGGAGUAUGGGGACCAGUUACUUGAGUUCAAUGGCAUAAACCUGCGGAGCGCUACUGAGCAGCAGGCCCGGCUCAUCAUCGGGCAGCAGUGUGACACCAUCACCAUCCUGGCCCAGUACAACCCACACAUGCACCAGCUCAGCAGCCACUCCCGCUCCAGCUCCCACCUGGACCCUGCCGGCACCCACUCUACCCUGCAGGGCAGCGGUGCCACGACCCCGGAGCACCUGUCUGUCACCGACCCGCUGAUGGAGCAGGAUGAGAGCCCGGGCACCCCUCCAGCCAAGCAGAGCACCGCCAGCUGCAGGAUGCUGGGAGAUGCCGGUAAGAAGACCCCCGAGCCACGAGUCGUCUUCAUCAAGAAGUCCCAGAUGGAGCUGGGAGUGCAUUUAUGUGGUGGGAACCUGCACGGGGUGUUUGUCGCCGAGGUGGAGGAUGACAGUCCCGCCAAGGGCCCGGAUGGCCUCGUGCCAGGGGACCUCAUCCUUGAGUAUGGCGGCCUGGAUAUGCGCAGCAAGACGGUGGAGGAGGUCUACGUGGAGCUGCUGAAGCCCAAGGACAACAUCCGCCUAAAGGUGCAGCACCGCCCCGAGGAGUUCGCCAAGGUCAAGGGUCUGCCUGGCGACAGCUUCUACAUCAGGGCCCUGUACGACCGGCUGGCAGAUGUGGAGCAUGAGCUGAGCUUUAAGAAAGAUGACAUCCUCUACGUGGAUGACACCCUGCCCCAGGGAGCGUUUGGGUCCUGGAUGGCUUGGCAGCUGGAUGAGAAUGCCCAGAAGAUCCAGCGUGGGCAGAUCCCCAACAAAUACUUGAUGGACCAAGAAUUCACCCGGAGGCUCAGCAUCUCCGAGGUCAAAGACGACAGCAGUGCCGCAAAGACACUGUCAGCGGCUGCACGCAGAUCCUUCUUUCGAAGGAAACACAAGCACAAACGCAGCGGGUCCAAAGACGGGAAAGACCUCCUUGCCUUGGACACCUUUUCCAACGAUUCCAUUCCACUUUUUGAAGAUUCGGUGAGCCUUGCGUAUCAGCAGGUACAGAAGGUAGACUGUACCUCCCCUCGGCCCGUCCUGAUCCUGGGGCCUUUACUGGAUGUGGUGAAGGAAAUGCUGGUGAACGAGGCACCCGGCAAGUUCUGCAGAUGCCCCCUUGAGGUGAUGAAGGCCUCCCAGCAGGCCAUUGAGCGUGGAGUCAAAGACUGCCUGUUUGUUGACUACAAGCGGAGGAGUGGCCAUUUUGAUGUGACCACGGUGGCUUCCAUAAAGGAGGUCACAGAAAAGAACCGGCACUGUCUGCUGGACGUCGCCCCCCACGCCAUCGAGCGGCUGCACCACAUGCACAUCUACCCCAUCGUGAUUUUCAUCCACUACAAGAGCGCCAAGCACAUCAAGGAGCAGAGAGACCCCAUCUACCUGAAGGACAAGGUGACUCAGCGGCAUUCCAAAGAGCAGUUUGAGACUGCUCAGAAGAUUGAGCAGGAGUACAGCAGGUUCUUCACAGGGGUCGUCCAGGGAGGAGCUUUGUCCAGUGUGUGCACUCAGAUCUCAGCGAUGGUUCACCAAGAACAGAACAAAGUCCUGUGGAUUCCCGCCUGCCCGCUGUAGCAGCGUGCCUUGGAGCGGCCACGGCUGGCCCACUGUUGCAGACGCCGGGCCCAGACCGUUUUCAGUGACAAAAAUUAAAAGUCCACUUGUAGAUAAGCACGAAGGAGAGCGACCCAGGGCCCAGGACUCCAGAAGCACCUCCUUUACAGGCAGAGGGCCGCGACAAACGGGGUCUGGGCCCCAGCCAGCAGACUGUUCCUCUCACAUGUGUGCUUUAAGACAAAAAACCACGAAAAACUUUGGACAGAGGGGUCAACGCCCACCUUUCUUUAGCCAGCUCAUCAGAGAUGCUGCAGAGAGAACCUUCCAAAUCACACGUUUACAAGCCUUUUCUAAGUAUUUUAUUUGAUUGUUUAUGUUUACUUGAACGGCCCCACAUUGUCGGGGUCCAGCCCCUCGCCCUUUAUCCACUCCCCAGUGUUGCUUUGAUGUUGGUCUUGUUCCUGUUUUCAGCAAAACGACUCUGGAACCUCACUGGGGACUGCUUUGCCUUGGGAGGUUCUUGCCGGUGGGACCAGAGCUUUGACCAAGGUCCUGCCCGUCGGCAGCACCUCUCCUGGAAGGGCCAUCUGUCUCUGCUGCAGGUGUCCACCCGCCUGGGGUCCAGGCCCGCGCCCCUUGGGCUGACUGCCAGCGGCAGUGUUGCCCUCCUGCUCCAGAGAAGGCGACCUUGCCAGUCUUCGUUUCUCAGACUCUCUCUCCUGCCUGCCAUGUGCUCUCGCUGCUUCUCCACCGCGUGUGUCGUUCCAGCGUUUCUCUCUGGUCUGCCGGGGCUGGAUCCAUGGGUUUACGAGGACACAGCUAGUUUCAGGCAGGGUGUGAGGUAGAGCGAGGGAUGCCGGUGGGUUUUCUUUAGGGUCUGUAAAUAGUGACGACCUGGACAGUGCAAUUUCGGCAGGCUCAGUCCUAACAUCUAAUGUGUCGGGCAGACACAACAGCUCUUUUUGAUGUGUGGAUACGUUCAUGUUUCAGACUUUGAGGGGAAGCAAAUGACGAGAGUUGUCACUGUCAGAAACUUAUGAAGAGAAAAUGGCCCUUUCUGGUUCUGGCUGCAGUGCUGGCGGCGUGAGCACUCCACGAGGCUGUCUUCAUUUGGGGAUUUUUUUUUUUUUUUUGCACUUCUGACAGCUGGAUGUCUCCGGCUGAAGAUUUGAUGUGGUUCCUCCUUAAACUGUGUGUCCUGUUAAUAGGUACUGUACCGGCUCCGUGUGUCAGUGGGGGGAGGACCUAUAUUUUAAUACUGUUCCUAACAUUUCAUUUUACUAGCAGGAAAUCUUUGAUUUCAUUUUACUCUUUGUAAUUCUAGACACUAGAGGGUAGUUUAGCCGUACUGACAUUUUUUUAAAAAGGGAUAUAUUUUCUUGUACAGUUGUUCAAAAAGAAACACGUUUCAGUCCUCAAUGCUGCCCUUUGAUUUUGCAGGUACAAGUUUUCUAGCUCAGACAACUAAAAGCUGUAGGCAGUCCGAGGGGGUGUACACAACCUCUGGGGCUGUUUCUGAGCUGCAGACACAUGGGACUGUGAUGGUACAGUGUGCACAGGUACUGUUCUGACAGACUGGGAUUUCUGUACUAAAACCUUACUUUGUAUCCAAAGUUAAACAGACUUUAGUACAAUAAAUAAAGGUCAAUUUCUGUAACUU